AUGGUAAAUAAUGUUCGAACCCUUUUUGUUAGCGGUUUACCGAUGGACGCAAAACCUAGAGAGUUAUAUCUUUUAUUUAGAGCUUAUGAGGGUUAUGAAGGUUCCUUACUAAAAGUUACCAGUAAAAAUGGAAAAACAGCAUCGCCUGUUGGAUUUGUCACAUUCCAUACAAGAGCUGGAGCUGAAGCAGCUAAACAAGAUUUGCAACAGGGUGUACGCUUCGAUCCUGAUAUGCCCCAAACAAUUCGCUUGGAAUUCGCCAAGAGUAACACUAAAGUGAGCAAACCUAAACCACAGCCCAAUACAGCGACAACAGCCGCACAUCCUGCAUUGAUGCACCCACUCACUCAACAUUUGGGCACACCAUUCUUUCCCAGUGGACCUGAAUUAUGGCAUCAUCCUUUAGCUUAUUCAGCUGCAGCAGCUGAGCUACCAGGGGCAGCAGCAUUACAGCAUGCAACACUAGUGCAUCCGGCUCUGCAUCCUCAAGUGCCGGUGCGGUCAUUUACUGUUAUGAUCCAACUGUUGUUGUUGCAGACACUGACUACUAUGCCGCCGCAGCACCACCAUCCACAUUCAGCAAUACACCCAGCAGCGGCAAUAGCAGCUGCAGCAACACCAGCCUCAAUGCAUGUAUCCGUAACCUCACCGGUAACAGUUACACAACAAGCAUCGGCAGCAAUGGUACAACAACAAACUGGCCAACAACAUUUUCUACAAAGUCCCGCUUUGGCUAGUCCAAUAGUAAACUCUAACGCCACUAUUGCUGCUAUUGCUGCUACAAAUAAUACUAAUAAUUGUCAUAAUAUCAUAAAUAAUAAUACAUCAAUAAUGACUACAACAGCAACAUCAACACCAAACAUUAUAAAUAAUAAUCAUACUAACAAUAAUAAUAUUAUGCAUAAACUUAAUCAUAAUAAUUUCAAUAAUACGAAUAGCAAUAACAAUCACAAUAAUCAUAAUAACAUUAAUUUGUUAAAUGGUGGUAAUGCAGGAAAUUUGAAUGGUAAUAUAAUAAGUUUUCCACGUAAUACGGCCACAUUGGCUGCUGCUGCUGCAAAUGCAUCUUGUUCUACACUAUAUGUUGCUAAUCUAGGACAAUUUGUUUCUGAACAUGAACUAAAGGAAAUAUUUUCAAGUAUGCCUGGCUUUUGUCGACUUCGUAUGCACACAAAAAGAGGUUCUCCUAUUGCACUUGUUGACUACAAAGAUCCAAUAAGCGCCGGUGCAGCAAUGAAUAAUAUGCAAGGCAAAUUUCUAUUAUCAUCGGAUCGUGGAGGUAUUCGUAUUGGAUAUGCCAAACAAAAAUUAAUUAGUGAAUUAGUUCAGUAUAAUAAUAAACCAACAGUAAUAAACAAGAGCACAACGUUCUCUAAAUCUUUGCUUCUAAGAAAUAGUACUUUAGCUACAACCGCACAUAUACAAAAUAAAAACAACAAUAAAAUACCACAAAAUCAUAUCAACAUUGCAAAUGCACAACUAAUUCAACGACAGCAACAUAUGAAACAUCAACAUAAACUUCAAGAACAGCAACAUCGAUACUUAAUUCAACAAGAAAUGUCAUCACAAAAUAAUUUGAAUGUUCAAUCGCACCAAACGCACUUAUUAUUAAAUAAUAAUUUUAACAAUAUUAUUUAUAAUAAUAUAAAUCACAAUUUGCACCAUAAUAUUAUAAAUAAAAGCAACAAUAUUAUUAUUAACAAUAAUUAUAAUAAUAAUAUUAACUCAAAUCAACAGCACCAAAAUCACCAUAUUAUUAGAGACAGGAGCAAUUAUGGAAUCAAAACAAGAGUUAUUUAAUAAGAAAGCAGAAAUUGAAUAUCAUCCAUUUUUGAUGGCAGCUCCAACUUGACCAACAUCGGAUUAUUUUAAUUUUUAUGAAAACCAUAGCACUUCUGGAACUUAUUUAUGAAAAAAAUUUUAAAAUUAGGCAAGAAAGCAAAAAUACAAAUAUAAUAAACAUAUAUGUAAUAAAAAUACCAAACUCAUAUUAUCUGCAAUCAACAUUUAAGAAUAAAAUUACUUAAUAUUAUUUUACCAUCAUUAAUGACUAUUGAUCUUGUAUGAUAAUUUAAAGCUGCUGUAGAUGAAUUAUUUAUAGAUAAAAUUUCAUGAACAUUAAUGCAUAAAUAUUUUAUUUUGCAUGUUAUGGAUAUUAUUUUGAUUCAGAAUUACUGUUAAUUUGAUAUCAUCUUUAUAAAACAAAGAAAUAAACAAAAGUGAAACGCAAAGUUACGUACAAUUACUAAUAACUAUAUUUGUUUUAAUAUAAAUAUAAUUUAGAUUUGUAUAAAAUUUUAUUUAAAGCAUAAUUUCCAAACCAAAUAAAUAAACAAAUAAAUUCAUAAAUUUAUAAAAUAAAAUAAAAUUUUUUAAAUUAAUAUAUUAAUUUUGUCCAAGAUAUAUACAUAGUUACAUAAAAUAUACAUACUUAUAUAAAAAAUAAUAAUAUUUAAACAAAAAAAACACAUUGAAAUAAAAUAAGAUUAUUUGAACAUUAUGCGCGCAAAAUUACCAAAAAUCAAGUUAAAAACAAAUGAAAAUAAUAGGUAUUAAUGGUCUAUUCUUAAUUAUUAUUUUAUUUAAUAUAAAUAUCUUAAUAUAGUUUUAUACAAACUGAAAACCAAAAGAAAAAAUAAAUAAAUAAAAGAAUGUAGAAUAUUUUAUAAAUUAUUUGAUUUUGCCCCCUUAAUUUUUGUAACAAAGUACCUACGCUAUUAACCGAUUUAACUCGUUAUGCCAAUAUAUUAUUAGCACAACUUAUUUAUAUUACAAUAUCAAUAUUUAUAUCACAAUAUCAUUGAUUAAUUGUUUAUCCUCUGGCAUUGCUAAAAUAAUUUCUCUGUCAGCAUUUGCAAUUAGUUUUAUCUAAAUUGAUAAAAAUAGAUUAUUUGAAUGAUUAAUUAUUCAAUAUAGGCAAAUUUUUCUAUUUCAAAUCUAAAUAAUUUGCAUUAAUUUUACGCAAGAGACAAAAGGAUUUUGGCAAUAAAUAAAUUCAUUUAGCAAAUUACUAUGUUCGAUAAAUGUUUAAAGAUAUUUUCAAUUUGAUAUACUCAAUCAGAAAUAUGUUCCAAAAUUACAAACUUACAUCAUUUCCUAACUAUUUUAACUUUUGAUUACUGAUUGGUUUCAGAAGCCAUUUUUUUACGUCAAAUUUGUUUAUAUAUUUUAACAGCACAUUUGGUCAAAAAAUCUUCACUUUUUUUCUGAAAGACAUGAAUUAUGUACUUAAUUAAUACAUUAAUUAAAAACUUUUAAUGUGUUACAAACUUAAAACUUAUGUACAUAAAAAAAUGUAAAAUAAAUUUUAAAUUAAAUAGUUUCCUAAACAUAUUUUUGACUUUAAAUUUCCAUCACAUAUUGUUAUACAACUCUAAUCAUAAUUAUCACGUACUAAGCAAAGAAAAAAUCUAUUUUUACCAUUAAAUAUGGUUUCGAAAAGGGACGGAAGACAAAGCUAUUGAGUAUUACAACUUAUUGUUGAAUUAACGAAAUAUUCACUGGUGUUUAAAUUUAUAUAUAUAAAUAUAGUGCAGCAUUUAACAGUAAAUUCCUUUAUAUGCAAAUGUAUCUGUUAAAAAAUAAUUUGAAUAAGAUUUAUCUUCAAUAAGUAAUUUCAAUUUCAUUAUAGUUGGAUAAUUAAUAAUUUGGCAAAAACAAAAUAACGGUUAAUGUUAGUAGAAGCAUAUUUUUCAUUUCAAAAAUUUUUUUAUUUUCAAUUUUUAAUAUUGGUAAUUCUAAGAUAUGCUAUUAUAAUAUCUUAUGACGUAAUGUCUAUAAUUUUUUAAAAAACUUAAAUAUUUUGUUAUAUAUAAAGAGAAACCGGAACUCAAAUUUAAAGAAAAAAUGUAUUCUGCAAUUCUUUUAUUGCUUGUGUAAAUUUUGUUUUUGUCUGUGCAUAAUUAUUUCGUUUUUAAUUUAUUUAUUACUUUUGCAUGAAUAUAGUUAAAAAAAAUUUUGUUAUAAUUAAAACAAUCAUGAUAUUAUAAUUAUUAUAUAUGUACAUUUAAUAAUAAUUUAAAAAACCAACAAAAAUUAUUAACUCAAAAAAUAUUGUUUAUAAUAUUUUAAAAAAAAUUUAAAAAAAAAAAUACAUAUAUAUAUAUAUAUAAAAAUGUGAAAUAUCAAAACAAUGUGUUUAAAUAGUACGAUAUAAACUAAAUAAGGGAAAUAAAAAAUGUCCCUUUUAGAAACAGAAAUAUAUUAAAAUGUAGAUUAAUAAAUUAGAAAAGUAAGAAAAAAACUAAAAACUAAAAAUUUUGUGAACCAGAAAAAAAUAUGUUCUUUAAAAAAAACUAAUUUCUAAAAAAUUUUGGAGAACCAAAAAAACAAAAGACAACAUAUUAUUAAAUUUUAAAUGAAAAGCAAUUUUAUUUUAUAGAAAUUUAGUUUUCUGUUUUUCUAAUUUCGUUAUUGUUAUUAAAAAAAAUUAAUAAAAUAUUAAAAUUUCAUGCAUGCUAUUCAAAUUUAUAAUUU